UUCGUGGUCGCUAGCUUCGGGUUUCGUAUCGCGCUGAGCCGAACCACUCGGCUCUCUGGUCGGGCCACCGCUACAACACAACAAACAGUUGUGCGUCAGUUUUAUUUUAUUUUGCGCGACGGCCGGUGAACGUGCCGCAGCAGAACGCAUCACGCAAAUCAUCCGUUUCGAAGCUCGCCGUCGAACGGAGAUCUCGUAAAAAAGCGCCGGGGAUUAAAACUGCUCUACUUGUGAGUUUUAUUGGUCGAAAAAUGCAAACUACUGUACUGUAGUUUUGGUUAAAACAAUAAAACGCGAAUUAAACAGCAGUGUGAUCAAGAUGUAAGUGAGUUGAAAAAUUAAAAGUAAGAAAUCAUUCAUAAUUCUGUGCAGUGUGUGUGUCUGUGUGUACGGUGAAGUGGUGGCAAUCUUAAACGAAAAUAUCCGCCAAGCCGGUGCAUAAGCUCAAUCGUAUAUGAUCGCUGCUGAAGUUACAGUUCAAUUUUGAAUUUUAUGUCGAUCAGUUCGAGCAUAUACAGCGAAUAAUAAUAAGUGCGUGUACACCCCGGAAUCGUGCUAAUCGUGUGCUGUAGUAUCUUCUUCAACAUUCCAUUGUUGUAUCGUUGUUGCGUGCGAGUCAGUGACCACAUUGGGCCACGCUGGGGCCCACCAGACGCAAAGAAGCAACAACAAACAUUUGAAAAAAGCUUGCCAUCGGCCGGGGCGAAGGAGAGAGCAUAAAUCAAAAAGCACAAGCAACCGACAAACCGAGAGUAUGAUUAGACGGCGUUGAUUAGAUGCUGCAAGCAAUCGGCAUUAACGAAACAAAAAGGCUACGCGAAAUAAUAAAAGAAAAAAAACUAAAUUCUCGCGGAAGAAACCAACGUAAGGAAAGAGGUGUCCGCGCGUGAUCAUAAGCGCAAACCGUGUGGCGUUGAUGCAUAAGGUGCGCGAAUGAAUGCAACCGCUAGCGCAUGCAGCACGUGCACAGCUGUAUAGUAACCGCGCGUUACCGAUAGUGACGAUCAUUGAUAGCCAGGCGAAGCUAUAAUACCUUGAGCCGGGUGGAAAAUAAUGCAAAUGGAUAGUGAAAACCAUUAAAGCAACCAAGACCCCGGAACGAGCAGAGCAAAAAAAAAUCCAACCCCCAAAGGUGUGUUGCGCAGUGCGGUCUCUUCAGUCAAAGACAAAAAGGAAAGGCCCGGAAAAAGUUCCCAAAAAAGAAGAAAAUCGAAACGCGCACCAGAUAGUGGUGUGAUCAUCCACCCGGUUUGAUUGGAUUGAUGGUGGUAAAAUGGAGAAAAGAAACCACUCCGAAAGUGUACUGUCUGGGGGCAGUUCGCAGCAACGGCUUAUCAGCGAAUUGGCAUCAGAAAAUGAUGAUUAAAUAACGAUUCGAACGAAAAAUUAUCAGUGUACGAGCAAGUGAAAAAAAAGCGUGGCAACAAAAGAGCGAUCAAAGCAACACGCGGGGUUGGAAACGCGUUGCUAAGCUAGCGAAGAAGGAGAUAAAUAUUGAAGCUUCUUUUUCAACAUUUCUACAGUCGACAUAUUUGCCUUCAAGGGUACUGUCUAUUUACGGAAGCUGGACGAUGUGAUGAGUUGUGCCCUACCACUGUUAUACCAGAUUGUUAGCGUUCGACUGGCAAAGUGUCCUAUAAGUGGUCACCUCGUUAAUCUCACAGAGUCGUAGUGUAAAAUCGCAAAUCGUGUCCAGUAAAUUUCCCUUUCCGAUCCGGAAGUGUUGUGCUGCCGGAUUUUAUGGCAAGCAAAAAAAAAGUGUGAUAGAUCUUAAACGAAGCAACAUUUGAAGAGGUUCUUUCGUACCCAAAACUAAAGGGUCUUUAAUACUGUUAGCGCAAGUGUCGUUCAAGUGUGCAAUUAAGAAGUGAAGAAGUGCAUCCAGAAGUGGUGAAGAGAAUCCGCUCGAUCGGUUGUUUGUCGCAGACAAACUUGUUUGCCUCUGGAGGCGAAAGGUGUAUAAUCAACUGCAAAGUUAACGAAAUCUGGCACAGGAAAAUAAUUGCCAAAAAUCGGGAGUGAGUGCUCGAAAAAAAAGAAGAAAGAGUAGUGUUUUUGUGAAGUGUCAGAUUUGAGGUGCGUUUACUUGUGGCGUAAAACUGGUGAAAGCGUAAGAGGAAGAGAAUUCUUUUUACUUCACCUUGGCAGCGGUAACCCAUCUUGACGUGCGCGCAGCUCCGUUUAGUUGUUCUCCGGGCCCGGGACAGGACGAAAAUCCGUUCAAGGUGUCGCUCAACGGGAAAAUGCGGGUCACGUCGGAAUCGAAUUCCGGCCCGCCUAGCCGUACACCAUCCAUCAUGGACAGCCCGACGCUGGUACGCGUCGAACGGGCCCGUUUGCGCCAGGAAGCGGACAGCAACGGGCAGCGACCGGGUAGCGGCCAACGCGAGGACAGUCUCGAGCGCUGUCUGCUCGAUCCGAAGAAAUCUCUACUAAUUGGGCGAAUUCCAGUAGCACAAAUGACUGGUCCAAUUAAGCGAGGACUGCUCUGGCAGCAGCGUGAUCGGCUAUUCUCCCGCUGGAAAGAAAGAUACUUCAUCCUAACACGUGAUUAUCUCAAUUGUUUCAAACGAGCCACCGGAUCUGCGUCGGAGAAGAUUUCCGACAUGGGACAGUUUAUAUUUAAGAUCAAACUAGUCGAUGUGGAAAAGGUGGAAUGGCUGAAUCGGCGGUCGUACAGCGCGAUAGGCCUGCUUCUCGGUUCACGAGAAGGACGCGUCCUGUUGCGCAGCGACCAGGGCCUGGAGGAUUGGUUCGAGCUGCUAGAGGAGUGUACGCUGAGCAGCAAGGAGCGGCGUCGUGCUCUUCGGCUGACGCAAGGGCCACGAUCGCGCGCCUCGCUAGCGGCCCCAGUAUCGGCGGCUUCACUGCAGAACAACCACCUCGGGCUCGGCGGUACCUACUCGGGUGCGAUCGAGGACUGGCUAAUGUCACGGCAUCAGAAACCGGGCGGACAGCGCUUCAACCACAUCCUGCUGUCGGACUCGGUGCCCGACCUGAGUUCCAUCAACGAGAAUGGGCUGUGUAGCGGUUUGUUGACGAACCAUUCGACCCCGAAAAAGGUGCCGAAUGCACGCCACAAUCUAUCGGGCGGCGGUGGAUCGAGCAAUGGGUACAGCAGCCACAACGGUAGCCUGUACAAUGGGUUCCCGUACUCACCGCUGAAGAAGCUGGCGGACAACUUUGUCAAUGGUAACCAUAGCUACACGCUGCACGACGAUCUCGAGGAGGAGGUUGAAUUACGCCGCGGUGGACGCUACCGGGAGAAUGACGAUCUGUACAGAAGACCGCUCGGUCCGGGUGGGAACGAUAGUAGUCGUCAUUCGUUUCUCACAGAUUUGGAUUACACUGGUUGUGAUAGUGGACUCGAUACGCCACCAUCAACGCACCGUCCAUCGAGCUGCCGGGAUAAUAUUUACUUCGGUUCGGCCUACAACAAUCACGGUCACGGUUCCGGAUUCCUGGGCAAGGAUAAGACAACCGACACCGGUAUCAGUUCGUCCCGUGGAACGCUUGUCUCACCGGCCAGCAGCAUUCGGCAUGGGUACGUCAAUGUACAGAACUUCAACGGUAACAACACCACGAACAACAACAACCAUCUGAAUAGCUAUGGAUCUCGUUACAGCGUACAGGAGCAGAAGAUUCUCCGUGCUCGCAAUACCGAGGAGAACAAAAAUUCGAUCCGUUCCGUACGGGCGGAAUUCUUCGAGCAAAGCAAAUAUAACAGCAACGGUAGCAACAGUGCUAUUGCCAACAACAAUAACAACAUCAAUAACAAUGGUAGUGGCCACCAUGCGGCACACUAUCAUCCACAUCAUCAUCAACAUGUGGCGCAGCAUCCGAACGGUGUUGGUAGCAAUGGCAACAUUCAUCAGCAUUUCAAUGGGCUGAACAACAACAUUCACAGCACUAGCAGCAACAGUAGCAGCAGCAACAACAACAACCACAGCAACAACAACAAUGGUAAUGGUGGUGGAGGAGGUGGGAUCGGUACCCUUAACGAUCGUGCCGCCCCGUUUCUGUCUGCUAAUGGCAAUGGGACCGGUUCGCAGCGCGAUCGCUAUCAGCAACAUCCGGCCCUGGCUGCUAUCAUCAACGAAUCGCAGGGAAUGAAAUUCAGAGAUCGUUCCUAUUCCGACUGUCAGCAGGCGGCUCCCCGUGCUCGCCAAUGGACCAGCAAUACACCAAGCCCGAAGCGUAUCCCGUUUUUGGGCACUCCACCGACCAGGGUGUAAUGAUGUUCCACCCUUCUUCCACACGUGGUUAGCAAUUUAGCAACGAAACUCGAUCAAUCCACCGAGCGAAAGGAGAGGGCUUACGCGUGUUAGGCAAGAUGCAACGACAGAGCGAACGACAACGACACAGUAGAUCAUAGUUUAAUUCCUUACCUUUUUUUCCAAAUUCCUUCCCUCAUCAUCCGUAACAAGCAAUUAGUAGUGACGUGUUUCUCUUUCUUCGUGCACGAAGAUUAUUUUACGAGAGAAGCAAGCAUGCAUGUAUGUAAUGGCACAUGUGAAGGCAAUGCUCGAACAUCUAUCUUAGUACAACACUGGCCACAAAUGCACUGUGUAUCCGGCUGGCUGUUGUCUAGCACUAGUUUCUGUUUCCGUGCACAGUUCUGCAAGUGACUGUGGCUUUAUCUCCGAAGCAAGCGCGAGCAUCCAGUAGUAUUGUAAGUAGGGGGGGUGGUUUCCCGGUAGUAAACUGUUUUUUUUGUUGUUGCUAAAAUUUCGAAUCCUCAUCUGCGUUCAUCUGUUGUUGUUGCGUUGCGUUGCGUUGUAGUGCAUGCGUGUAGAGCUUUAGCUUGCAUGUUUAGAUCGUUUAGAUUUCGACUAGUAACAAAUCUCCCUUCUUCGGUCCGUUAGACGUAGAACGUUUCGGAAUAGUGCAUCGUUUGUUUGCUAGUGUAUAAUGCGUGUAAUGAGCUCUUACGAAUAUCCAAAUAGUAGCAUUAGUAUUGAUUGUAGUACUUUGCGUGUGUGGAACGAUUGAGUAGCAAGCUGUGUUAGGGUGUAGCUCGUUUGGCUUAAUUUAUCCCAUAAAUCGGGCAUUAUCGAAUUAGCCUUCAAUACAAGUAAACAUGUAGAGGAAAAAGGGCUAUUUAGAAUAUUUGAAACUUUUGGACAAUUAGGAACAAUCCAAACGUUGGCGUUCUCAACAAUAGUUCCAAAACGAAAAACCGAGCCUUAAUUUAUAUCGAAACACAACACUGGCGCUCGCUGUACAUGGCUGUAUGUGGUUUAAGCUUAGCGUAAUAAUAAAAAAAAACACACGAUAGCCACCUGUUUUGUUUUAUAUGUUAACUGCGAUAAUUAAUUAUCAUGCUCGGUACGACUCGACUCAUUAUAAACGAUAAAUUAAAUCUUUCUUAAGCGCAAAAGCUUACAGUGAUAAACAAAAAUAUAUGUUUCGAUGUUAGCAAAAUUUUAUACCCAACACAUCGAACCCAUGUACUUGCCACUCGCGCGCGGUGGCUGUAGUAUAAAUACACUGUUGAAAGCGAUUAACAAAACUCCUUUUUCGAAAAUCGUAUAUCGUAACCAACAGUAGCAUCCCGUAUAAACUUAUUAAACGAUUUUAUAUGCAAAACUAGCGCACAUUUGGCUUAGUGAUUUAGUUUACAAACGCUUGCUCUUAGGCACGACGAAGCUAAACGAAGUAUAUACGAAAGUAGUAAUAGCUGGUAGCAGCAGUGGUAGCAAGAAACUAUUUAAAGAUUAAGUGCGUACGACAUUGUAUUUGUAAAUGAACAAAACCAUUUCGUAAAAGUACGUGUUCAGAAAAAUAAAACUAUAGGAAAAUAAACUAAAUCGAUGGAGAAAUGUAUGUAGAACAA